AUGGCCGCUGUAGCAAAUGAACGCCAGGAAAGUGCUGAUGCUGGACCUGUUGAGAAUCUUCUUCACCAGUCCACCACUUUGACUCAGCGGGCAAUCAAUGCAAUUCGAUCAGCAGAAAGUGCAAAAGCGGACCUUCGUAAAGACAUAACCUCACUUACGACUUCAUUCGACAAAGCUAUUCAGAAG